UUGGCUCCUUCUCCAGGGUCUGUUUAAAAGAUAACUGGGAGAGUUCGGAUUUGGAAAGCUCUGAGAAAGCUGUCAUUUAGAUGGUUUACAAUUGAGUAUUUGACAUUGCCUAAAGGCUGCUUUCGUUCAUUUUGAGUUUGUCCGCCCGUGUGUUUGUGGAAAUUACACGCGUUAUUUUGGACUUCCCCACCUUGUCCCAGAUUACACUCAUUUUUCACAAUAAGGUCUUUAAUAGGCCUACUAAUUACCCACCAGGUCUCGCGCCAGGCUCUGCACCGUCUACGGCUUGGAGCGGUCGGCGGCCAGAUGUAAUUAUGGGGAUUAGAUAACUUCCCCCUCCUCCUGACCCCCUUUCAGAAGCACAGAGUUCUCGCAACAGGUCUCGCUCUGUUUUCUCACACAAAGACGACUUUGUGGGCCCAUAAAAGGCAUAGACUUUACCAGAACAAUAGUUAGAAAUAGCAUCGUUCAUUCAUUUAUUAAGCGUUCUAACUUUCGGAGAGGAAAGACACUUUGGAUUGGCACCCUAUAAUCUGUGGACAAAAUGUUUAAGACAGUGCUUCAACACGCGAAGAAACACCAUGGAGAGGGCCUCGGUCUCCCCUCCUCGCGGUCCUCCCAGCAUGCCGUUCACCCCAGCCCCCGUCAUACGCUGCUCAAAUAAUCAUCUCAGACCCUGCAGGCUCUGGAGCCAUCCCUGCACAUUACUCACAGUCCAGAGAGAAAGGCCUAUUCUCACCAGCACUGGAAACAAAAACCCUUCUUUCAUACUAUUACAUGCAAAGCUCAUUCCUCAGUUCUUCUUCACCACGUUUGGGAUUCUUGGUGCCACCCUGUACCUGAUCCGCCUGGCCAGGGGACCCCACGUCAGCUGGGACUCAAAGAACAAUCCAGAACCGUGGAACAAGCUAAGCCCCAACUACCAGUACAAGCUGGUGGCCGUCAACACCGACUACGAGAGCCUGCGGAAGGAGGGGCCCGACUUCUGAAGGUCUUCGGGGGGGGGGGGGGCACCGGGGCAUGGCUCAUCACCACGUUGCCAUGACACCCAGAGGAACAGCCGAGCACACCCCCCCCCCCCCCCCGCACCCCCUGCACCCCGUUUCUGUCUCCUCGACUAACCCUGCAUGUCCGCCCGAUAUGUACAUAACAGAGACGGCCACUCAUUAAAGCUCAUUUAAACAGGCUUGUCGCUGCGGGUCCUACUGCAAGAAGGGGCGGCAGAGGUGUAGUGUAAUAAUUACGGAACUGCGAUUGCAACUUCAACACCAGGCUUCUCAACCAGGGUCCCUGGCCAGGCGCGAUAUGCAACGACUAUAUAAAGAUUCAGAAAUAUACUUGGAAUUUACAAAAGUAAAAAAAAAAUUCUAAAAAUUUCAGUAAAGAUAUCCAGCUGUAUAAAUGGAUUUUAUGUAAAAACCGAAUACGUAACUUGCUCUGAAUUACAGAAUCUGGUAAAUGCCACAUUGUAAUGUAUAGAUGGUCCCGGUAUAGCAUUGUACCCAAGUACAAAGGAGCAUUUAUACCUAUAGAUUGAA